AACAUGGAGACAUCUAUUCUUUCAGAUUUCGACGUGAACACGGUUCUCAGGGAGGCAACGGUUGCCGAGAAAGUGGGUCUGAUCUCAGGGAAGGACGCAUGGCAUACCUAUGAUAUUCCUCGACUGGGUGUGCCAUCGAUUCGCUUCACUGAUGGCCCAAAUGGUGCCCGAGGCACGAGGUUCACUGCAGGUGUUCGUGCCGCUUGUUUGCCGUGCGGCACUGCUCUUGGAGCAACGUGGAAUCAAAAGCUCAUUCAGGAAGGCGGCGUACUCAUUGGAAUGGAGGUCAAGGCCAAGGGUGCGCGAGUCUGGCUGGGUCCUACCGUCAACAUCCAGCGGUCGCCUCUUGGCGGUCGAAACUUCGAGUCGUUCGCCGAGGAUCCGUUCUUAUCAGGCAAGAUAGCUGGUAGCUACAUUUCUGGGGCUCAAUCGACCGGGAUCGUGUCGACCCUAAAGCAUUUUGUCGCGAAUGAUCAGGAACAUGAGAGAAUGGCGGUUGACGUCCGUGUCACCGAACGAGCUCUAAGGGAAAUUUACCUUUUGCCGUUUCAAAUCGCUCUAAAAGAAGGUCGGCCGGGAGGCAUCAUGGCUUCUUACAACAAAGUGAAUGGGCUGCAUGUCUCCGAAAGUCCCACGCUGCUGGAAGAUCUGUUGCGGCGGGAAUGGGGGUUUAAGGGAAUGAUUAUGAGUGACUGGUAUGGCACGUAUUCAACAGUCGAGGCCAUGAAUGCCGGCCUGGACCUGGAAAUGCCGGGACCACCCAGGCUGCGGGGCAUUCUAGCUGAUUUAGCUGUCUCAUCUCGCAAAGUCUCACAUGCGACACUGGAUGCUCGAGCCCGCAAUGUACUGAAUCUUGUUCAGAAGUGUGCGAAAAUUGAAGGUGUCGCAUCCGUUGAAUCCAUUCGAGACUUUGCUGAUGAUCGAUCUACCAACCGCAAGCUCGCCGGGGAAAGCAUCGUGCUCUUGAAGAAUGACAGCAAAAUUCUGCCUAUUCCGUCUCACGAGGUUGAAGAAAUAGCCCUCAUCGGACCCAAUUUAAAGAAUGGAGCAUACUGUGGUGGAGGAAGUGCUCAGCUUGAUGCCUAUUAUGUUGUUACAAACUAUCAAGGCAUUGUUGAGCGACUCACCAACAAUGGAUCCCGCAAGGACGUGAAAAUAAAUUACGAGAUUGGAGUCCAUUCUUGGGGAUUCCUCCCGUUACUCGGCUCCCAAGUCACAUCGCCCGAAGGUCGGGUGGGAGAACUUACCAUGCGUUUCUUUUCGGAACCGCCGUCCAGGCCGAACCGUAAGGUCAUUGAUAUCAUCAAUAUCACCGACUCGACCUGGCAACUUAUGGGAUAUUCCCAUCGAAAGUUGGGACCGCAAUUCUGGGCUGAUGUUGAGGGGACAUUCUGCGCUGACGAGACUGGCGACUAUGAAUGGGGCAUCGCAUGUUGCGGCACGGCCAGUCUUUUCAUUGACGAAACAAUGAUCAUUGACAACACCACCAUUCAGCAGCCGGGGAAUUCCUUCUUCGGAAGGGGAACCACGGAGAAGAAGGCUGUGAUGCAUAUGAAAGGCGGUCAAAAUUACCAUAUCAAGGUUCAAUUCGGAAGUCUUCCUACUUCCAAGAUUUACAAAGAAGGUGUAGUGGCCUACGGUGGCGGAGCUGGCCGUAUUGGCGUUUGGCCAGUCUCAGACCCAGAGAAGGCUAUUGCUCGGGCAGCGUCUCUUGCCAAAAAGUGCAAAUACACCAUACUGUGUGUAGGACUUGAUAAAGAAUUAGAGAGCGAGGGCUAUGACAGACCGACUAUGAAUCUGCCUGAGCCAACCGAUCGAUUGAUUUCCGCGGUGCUGGAUGCUAAUCCUGAUGCAAUUAUUGUCACGCAAUCAGGUGCACCAAUUAACAUGCAGCCUUGGGUCUCACGGGCAACAACUCUUGCUCACAUGUGGUACGGUGGCAAUGAGAUGGGAAGAGGACUAGCUGAUGUUCUAUUUGGCGAUAUCAACCCCAGUGGCAAGCUUCCUCUUACUUUCCCCAAUGCUAUUGAAGAUACGCCAGCUUUUCUGAAUUUUGAAAGCGAGCGCGGUCACACUGUGUAUGGUGAGGGGGUAUACAUUGGCUAUCGCUAUUAUGAAAAGUUAAACAGAAGUGUCGCAUUUCCGUUUGGUCAUGGGUUAUCUUACACACAAUUUGAAUUUUCCGAACUCUCUGUGUCGCCGAAGGAAGUGAGUGUGUGCGUUCUCAAUACCGGGUCAAUUGUAGGAGCCACAGUCGUACAAGUCUACAUAUCUCCCUCACCAACAAAUUCUAUUUCACGACCGAUCAAGGAGCUCAAGGGCUUUGCCAAGGUCUUCCUUGACUCUUGCGAGUGCCAGGAUGUUGUUAUUAAGCUUGACCGUCUGUCAACUUCAUUCUGGGAUGAGACUUUAGGUUGCUGGGUGAGUGAGAAGGGCAUUUAUGGUGUUCAUGUGGGCCACAGUAGCGCGGAUAUUGUUCUAUCUGGAUCAUUGGAGGUUGAGGAAACAACUACUUGGACCGGUCUUGACAUGUAA